AUGCUGCAGUUUCCUGUUAGAUUUUUCCCAAGAGCAGGCCCAAAGAUAAAAACAACUAGCAUAUCAAAAAGGUUAGAAGAAGCAAAGGAGUAAAAAGAGGAGAUGAUGGAAGAGAUGGAGUUAGAAAAAGACUUCAAAACAAGGCAAUAAGAGGUAAUGAGCGAUCCUGACUUCGGAUAUGGGAAGUCUAAAGAGUAUGAUUCAAAGCAUGAUGACUUCUUUAAUGUCUCUAAUUUAACAAUGGGAGCUGAUCGAGUGCCAGAGGAUAUACUUAAAAGAAUGAAAAAAAUCUUCAGCAAGCAUACUGUCCAAGAAGUUAGAGACUGGAGCAAGCUACUUAUGAAGAAUUACUAGAUAUUACAUGCAAUAGAAAAACCUAUGAACCUAGAUUAUGUCAAACCGUUUUCAAAUACUAGUGAUCUCAUAAAUAAAAGUCCUAAUAUACAUGAAGACCUAGUAAAGAAGAAAUAGGAGGAAGAAAAGUUGAAGUAGUAGUUGGAUAAUAAGAAAAAAUAGGGGGAGGAAGCUCAACAAACAGUAGAGAUGGAAUAAUCUGAGGAAGGAGGUUUUGAAGCUAAAAAAUAAAAGAAAUCUAGAUCUGAGGAAAAGGAGGAAUCUGAAGGCUAGUUAUUUUCUUUAGAAUAUAAGAGAGAGCAUGCAAUUGGCUAUUUAAUGAGAAAAAUGCCUUAUCAUUAUUUCGUAUUCAGAAGGUUGAUAAAUGAAGUCAAAGAAAGAUUACCUAAUUUCAAGCCUGAGUCUGUUUUGGAUUAUGGUGCUGGCUUAGGCAGUGGGGUUUGGGCAACCUAACACAUAUACGGGAAAUAAAAUGCCAUAGAUAAGAAUGGCUCAGUAGUUAGAUCUGCAGCAGUUGAACCAAAUGUAAAUAUGAGAAAACUUGGGAAAUACAUUACAGAGGAAUUGAAUGAAAAAGCAGAAAAUAGUAUUCUAUGGGUUGAUUCACUAAGUAUGAUUCCUGGAAGUGGGGGUGAAAGAGGUAAAUUCGAUUUAAUCAUUGUUGGCUAUGUACUCUAAGAGGUUCCCUCUGCAAAACAAAGAUUGAUGAUUGUUGAAGCGCUUUGGUAAAGAUUAAGAGAUGAUGGAGUUUUCAUACUAGUUGAACCAGGUUCACCUAAAGGGUUUAGAUACAUUCAUUCAUUUAGAGAUUGGAUACUUGCAAAAGAGAGAAUUGAGGCUUCUAUAAUAGCUCCAUGCCCAAAUCAUAAGUAAUGUCCAAUGGCUUAACAUCCAGAUUAAUGGUGCCACUUCAGUUAGAUGACAUAGCGUAUCCCAGGAUACACAUUCCCUAAAGCACCUAAAGAGGCAUAAAUGAUUAAUGAGAAAUACUCUUAUCUUGUAGUAAGAAAAGGAACAACACCAAGCACUGUAUCUGAAAAUUCAACUGAGGAUGAUUUUAAAAGUCCAGCUGAGAAAUCCUUUUUCUGGCCAAGACUAGUAAGACCAAUUAUCAAAUAGCAUAAACACACAAUCAUUGAUAUGUGCAAUACUGAAGGGAAAAUAGAAAGAAGAAUUAUAGCUAAAAGUCACGGGCUAGAAGGAGGAUAUAAAAAAGCAAAGAAGAUGAAGUGGGGAGAUUAGCCAGACUUAAACACUCACAAUGAAGAGGGCGUCUUCAAGAGAAGUCAUUCCAAAUCUUGUAAAGAAGGCUCAGCACCCAAAACUAACUGA